UCUUGUUGACGAAGCAGUCGCUGCUCCGACGUGCAGCGGCUCUUCUGGUAUUUCACCUCUGAGCCUCAGUUUUGUCUGGGCUUCAUGUUGCAACACCAGCAGCCAGCUUGUGACAGUUUUUCAGGUGUAUUUUUCUGUGCGCCCUUCUCAAGGAGAUGCCACCAUGCUCUGUAGAACUGCUGUCCCCGUGUGUCUCUGUGUUUUGGGGGCUGGAUGGCUUCUCCCGGUGCCCUGGCUCCUCAGCCUGGUGGUCGCACUUGCUCUUUCUGUGACGCUGACAGAUUUCUGGAAGUGUAUCCGUGUCGCUGUGUGCACCAUCAAAAGAGACCUGCAGUGUCUGGUGGUUAUUCUUCGUGUGAAGUACCACAUUCACCAGCAUACACGCAACGGGGCCACCAUUCCUUCCCUGUUUGCUCAAACCGUGAAUUCAAAUCCAGACAAGCCAGCGUUGAUCUACGAGUCCUCAGGAGAGGUCUGGACCUUCAGGGAGCUGCAGGAGAGAUGUCAUACUGUAGCACAUUGGGCUCUGGCACAGGGAUGGGCGGAGGGAGACGUUGUGGCCUUGUAUUUGGAGAGUCGCCCUCUUGUGGUGGCCUUGUGGCUGGGUCUGGCCAUGGUCGGGGUGGAGGCUGCGCUCAUCAACUACAACCUUCGAAGGCAAUCGUUGCACCACUGCGUCACUGUGUCUGGGGCUCGGGCCAUUGUGUUUGAAGCCAAGCUCUCAGAAGCUGUGGUCGAGGUGAGAAGCUGCCUACCUCAAGACAUGCUUCUGUUCAGCACUGGAGAAUUAGGAGACGAUGACACGCUCUGUAGCCUCCAGGCUCAAAACCUGGACCUGCUGCUGACCUGCUCCCCCAAACAUCCACCCAAACACACAUCACACAAGGCGUUCAACGAUAGGGUUUUUUAUAUUUACACUUCCGGCACAACAGGGAUGCCGAAAGCAGCCGUGGUGGUUCACAGUCGUUAUUACCGAAUUGCUGCGUUCGGUUUCUGGUCCUUUGGUUUGAAACGUGAUGACAUCAUCUACGACUGUCUUCCUCUGUAUCAUUCCGCAGGCAGCAUCAUGGGUGUGGGUCAGUGCUUGCUGUUUGGCGCUACUGUUGUCAUCAGGAGGAAGUUCUCAGCCAGUCGCUUCUGGCAGGACUGUGUAACCUACAACUGCACCGUGAUCCAGUACAUCGGAGAGAUCUGUCGGUACCUGCUCGCUCAGCCACAGUGUCCGUCAGAGCAGCGACACCGUGUUCGUGUCGCCCUUGGAAACGGCCUUCGCCCAGCAGUGUGGGGAGAGUUUGUGCAGAGGUUCAGAAUAUCACAGAUUGGGGAAUUCUACGGCGCCACUGAGUGUAACUGCAGUCUCAUCAACAUAGAUGGAAAGGUCGGUGCUUGCGGUUUCGUCAGUCGCAUUCUUCCCGGUUUCUACCCGGUCAGGUUGGUCAGGAUGCAGGAAGAGAGCGGGGAGUUGCUCAGAAAUGCUCAGGGUCUCUGCGUCCCAUGUCAGCCUGGGGAGCCAGGAAUGUUAAUGGGACGCAUCCACCCCGGCGACCCACUGAGGAGGUUUGAUGGCUACGCGGACCCGACAUCCACCAGUGGAAAAGUAGCUCACGACGUCUUCCAGAUGGGAGACGCUGCUUACAUGUCAGGUGACAUCUUGGUGAUGGACGAUUAUGGCUACAUGUAUUUCAGGGACCGCAGCGGCGACACGUUCCGCUGGCGAGGAGAGAAUGUCUCCACCGCGGAGGUGGAGGGAGUCCUAAGUGGACUGCUGGGACACGCUGAUGUGGCUGUUUAUGGAGUUCCAGUCCCAGGUGUGGAGGGGAAGGCAGGAAUGGCAGCCAUCGCUCAGGCAGGCGAUCAGCUGGACCUUGAUGCCUUUCUGAGCGAUGUCCAGAAGGCUCUGGCCUCAUUUGCACGUCCAGUCUUUCUGCGAACAGUGACAUCAGUCGAUACCACAGGGACCUUCAAGAUCCAGAAGACCCGAAUGCAGAGAGAAGGCUUCAAACCGCAGACCUCCACCGACGUGAUCUAUUUUCUGAACAGUCGCUCUGGUCGAUAUGAAGUGGUGACUGAUGAGCUAUAUGAUGAAAUUAAGUGUGUGCAGUGCACAGUGCCCUUGGAGAAGCUCACGGUUGCUAAAAGGGUGGCGACAGAUCACAACGUGGACAACACAACAGCCAUCCUGAGAGAGUGGCUCAUCCAGGUGCAGAACUACUAUCACUAUGUGGAAUGGAGACCUUCAGACGAACCCAGUGCCUUCGAAGAUGAGCAUGGACCGAAGCACUGGAAUACUCUGCGCUACGAACACGUAAUGAAGCUUCGUCAGGCGGCGCUGGACACAGCGCGGGAGAUCUGGGCUGACUACUUUUUGGUGGUCGACUGUGACAACCUUCUCACCGACCCGGAUGUGCUGUGGAAGCUCAUGAGCGUAAACAAGACUGUGGUCGCCCCAAUGUUGGAGUCCAGAGCGGCCUACUCCAACUUCUGGUGUGGCAUGACCUCUCAGGGUUAUUACAGACGGACGCCCGCCUACAUGCCUAUCCGAAAACUGGAGCGUCGAGGCUGCUUCGCUGUCCCCAUGGUGCACUCCACCUACCUGGUGGACCUGAGGAAGGAGGCGUCUCGUCGACUGGCUUUUUACCCUCCGCAUCCCGAGUAUAGCUGGGCCCUGGAUGAUGUCAUCGUUUUUGCCUACUCCGCACGCAUGGCAGAUGUGCAGAUGUAUGUUUGCAAUAAGGAAACAUAUGGCUAUUUGCCUGUGCCGGUGAGAGCCCAGGCAUCACUGCAGGAUGAGGCAGAGAGCUUCUUGCACACACAGUUGGAAGUCAUGGUGAAAAACCCUCCACUGGAGCCCUCUGGCUUCGUGUCUCCUUCACCGAAGCAGCCUGACAAGAUGGGCUUUGAUGAGAUAUUUAUGAUCAAUCUGGCGCGGAGAUCCGACCGGCGCGAGCGGAUGCUGAGGACUCUGUACGAGCAGGAGCUCAGCUGUAAGGUUGUUGCUGCAGUGGAUGGCAAGGCGCUGAACACCAGCGACAUUGAGUCGAUGGGGAUCAAGAUGCUGCCCGAUUACAAAGACCCGUAUCAUGGUCGGCCCCUGACCAAAGGUGAACUGGGCUGUUUCCUGUCCCACUACAACAUCUGGAAAGAGAUUGUGGAUCGAGGGCUCCAAAGGUCCCUGGUCAUCGAGGACGACCUUCGCUUCGAGGUGUUCUUCAAGCGACGUCUGCAGGCGCUGCUGCAGGAGGUGACGAGGCACAAGCUGGACUGGGAUCUGAUAUAUAUCGGGAGGAAGCGAAUGCAGGUGGAGCAUCCAGAGAAGUCUGUGUCAAACCUUCACAAUCUAGUGGAAGCCGACUAUUCCUACUGGACUUUAGGAUACAUGAUGUCAUUACAAGGGGCAGAGAAACUCCUCCGAGCCCAACCGUUGACUAAGAUGCUGCCCGUGGAUGAGUUCCUCCCCGUGAUGUACGAUAAACAUCCAGUUUCAGAGUACAUGGAACACUUUGAGCACCGCGACCUGCGCGCGUUUUCUGCAGAGCCGCUCCUGGUGUAUCCGACCCAUUACACAGGAGACCCGGGCUACAUCAGUGACACCGAAACAUCUGUUGUCUGGGACAAUGAGACGGUCACGACAGACUGGGACCGAGCCAAGUCGAGGAAGAGCCAGGAGCAGGAGGAGCUGAGCUUCGAGGCUCAGAACUCUGACGUGCUGCAGUCAGAGUUGGAGAACUGGAGCGCGAGGGAUGAGCUGUGAAACUCUGCAGCCAGUGGGGAUAGUUUGGGGGCGACGGAACAAAGCUGUGAUCAUCAGAAAGGUGGCUGUUGGAGUUAGGAAGAUGCUGGUGCUGAUGAGGGAACAAGUCUUCCCUCUGAACAUUUCUCUCCUGCUGGACGCAGAGGUCACUCCUGAAGAGGUAGUUGCAGCAUCCGUUUAUUUAUUACAACUCAAGGAAAGAGUCGCUUCAUCGAACGAGUUCAGAAAAGUGAUUUGACUAGCUUUAAAUUAGACCUCAGCAAAGUAUCCCCCCAGGAUCAAACCACAGGUCCGUAAGUGAAGAGCAGUUCUUCUUCUGUGCUGCUCGACGUGUAGGUGAUCGACUGCUAAUCACCCGACUCACCUUCCUGUUCACAAAUAGAGGCUUCAGGGAGUUUCAGUCCUUGUUUUGCAGCCCGUCUCCACAACCUGACUCUGUAAUUAGAAAUAAGGCGUCAGGUGAAAGAGUGUUGAGCGGAGGCGGCGCUGCGGGGUCGUGGGCGAGUUGAGCGACAGCUGACUCAAGUGUCUGAAAACAGGCUGGUUAAUGAGUCAGGCCCAACAUGAAGAAAAGGCAUCUGAAUGGAGGAUGAAUCAUGAUUUAAUCCUGCGCUUUUCUUCCUGAGAUCUUUCCGUGUGGAGCAGCGUGAGGUUUCCGCUGAUGGAAGUCAUGCGGCCUCCGCCCCCUGAUGCUGCUGCCGAGCCCGCUCUUAUAUUCAUCACUUUUGAAAGGCAGUGAUGGAAUCCUUAACAUCAGAGGGAGGCGGUCAUAAUCAUGUGGAUUUCUUUGUCUGUAACGCCUGGUUUAAAAAGUGGGUCAACUUUGUCAUCCCAUUUUGGGAAUUUCCCAAUUACAAAAACUGCUUCAACAGAAUGUCUAUAUCACGUAUGAAAAGAAAAAAAAACCCAAUUUAAAUGAGGAUAUUUUAUGUUCAACCCGGCGUUGUCACCUAUAAUGAUCAUCUUCUUUUUUCAUUCUCUGUGUGAGUUGACUAGAGCUAGGUUCGGUUCUGGAAUACCAUCAACGCCUGCAGUGUUUUUUUAACCAGUCAGUAUUUGCACUCUGACAGUGAUGUGAAUCUAUUAUUUUAACCAACCAAAGUUACUGUUAUAGCUUUUAAGCAUUUUUUAGCCUUUAAAUCGUUCCCAUCGUCAUG